AACCACUAGUUCAAUAUAACUAACUCAUAAAGUACGACUCUUGCCAUCAUUUUAAAUCCCAAAAAAAUGCCUUUCCUCCACUCUAGCACAAUUAAACCAAUCUUCUUGUCCAUGCCAAUACUGUUGACAUCAUUCCUUCUUGUUGUCUCUCAAGUCUCUGUUGCUGAAGCUGUUUAUUGUAAAGGAUAUAAUGAGAGUGACACAUUUACAAUAGCAGUUCCAGGCAAGGCCUCUUUUAAAACCUUUGUGAAUAUAACGCCACAUCCUGAGAAUCUAGACCAGAAGAAGAAUUACUCCGGUUUUUGCAUUGAUGUUUUUAAAGAGGCUCUGGAGCGAUUGGGUUGUGAUCUGCCUUUCACAUAUGUGGAGUUCAAUGGGACGUAUGAUGAAUUAGUUCAAAAUGUCAGCGACAAGAAUUAUAGCGCCGCCGUAGGUGAUAUAACAAUACUAGCCAGACGUUGGGAGCUGGACGUGUCAUUCACCGCACCAUUCACGGAAUCGGGCCUAACGUUGGUGGUUCCAGUGAGGCCCGGUCCAAAGGCGGGGAUAUUUCUCAAGCCUUUCACUACGGGGAUGUGGUUGGCUACAGCGGCUGUUUUGGUCUAUACAAUGUUCAUAGUCUGGUUCGUCGAACGUCAGUCCAGGAACGAAGAAUUCUGUGGCCCGUUGAGCAAUCAACUUGGAAAUGCUCUCUGGUUCACCUUUUCUUCACUGUUCCUCGCUCACAGGGAGAGGAUUCAAAGCAACUACGCUCGGAUUGUGGUUGUGGUGUGGCUUUUCUUGGCAUUGGUCUUAACGAGUAGCUACACCGCUAACCUUACAUCAAUGCUCACAGUGUCACGACUCCAACCGAAACAAUGGUCCCCAAAAACAGUCGGUUGUGAUGAAAAUGCAUUCAUGCCGAAAUACAUUCGAGACGAGCUUAACUUCACGAAUAAUAUUAUAACUAUCAAGGAUGAAGACGAGUAUCGAGCGUGCUUCAAGAAUGGCACUAUAUCGGCAGCAUUUCUCGAGAACCCUUAUGCCAAAGCUUUCGUGAACACAUAUUGCAGGAAUUUUACCCUCAUUCCAACCAAAUAUAGCUUUGGAGGAUUUGGCUUUAUAUUUCAAAAAAAAUAUUCUCCAUUAGCCGCUGAUUUCUCAAAAGCCAUUCUCAAACUCUCACAGCUAGGGGAACUGAAAAGGCUGGAAAAGAAGUGGUUAACCCCCAAAGCGUGUUCACAAACUCAAACUACGACGGAGGACGUUGAUAGCCUAGAAUACUCUGAAACUAGGAUGGACGACGUUGAUAGCCUGGACCUCCUAAGCUUUCGGGGCCUAUUCUUCUUCUCACUCGCCACUUCCUCUGUCUGUUUUCUUCUAUUCCUGGGGCACCUACUAAAGGACUAUAUAUACCGCAGUCCUAAGCCAGUGGCAGACGGGAAUGAAAAUAAUGAGAUCGUUUAGACCAAGGGCACGGCCGCGUUUACAGAUUGUAUAGUACAGUAUUAGUUAGUUUCCAUCCUUUCCUACAUUUGUAAUUAUACUUUCUCCGUUCUAUAUUGAGAGUUUCAUACUCUCUCUCUUGCCAUUUUUCAAAUCAAAAAAUCAGCUACUUCCGUGUAUAAUUUUUCGAAUUUUUUCACACCUUAUUAAAGAUCUCGAUUAGUACUUUAAUUUGGUGCGAAAAAAUUCAAAAAAUUAUACACGGAAGAAGUAGAUUUUUUGAUUUAAAAAAAUAACACGACUUUUCGCCGUGGACUUUCAAUAUGGAACGGAUGGAGUAGUAAAUAAGAGGAGGACUAC